AUACUGUAAGUGAUUACCAAAUGAGAUGAUUAUUGAAAGUUAUUAUUAAAAGUUGUAUUGAAAUGAAUGUCAACUUAUUGUUAGCCAUAAGACAAACGAGACGUUUAUUAUUAUUAUCAUCGCAUGAGAUGUGUUUCCACAAGAAUAUUGAACGAUAUAUUUCAGUGACAAAUGUAUUAUCAAAACACAAGACAAUUGCCGAAACAUGUGUCUCAUCGUUGCCGACGACUGUUCAACCAUUUGCACGACUCAUGCGAUUAGAUCGACCAUCGGGUGCGUGGCUACUGAUGUGGCCGGGAUUUUGGAGCGUAUCGUUGGCCACAUCCGCCACACAACUACCAUCUCUGACCACUUUAUCAUUGUUUGGUUUGGGAGCAGUUGUUAUGAGAGGUGCCGGUUGUGUAGUCAAUGAUCUUUGGGAUAAAGAUUUUGAUAGACGUGUUCAGCGAACCAAAGACCGACCGCUGGCCAGUAAUCAAUUGAGUACUACCGAUGCGGUUAUGCUUUUGUGUGGACUGUCCGGCACUGGAUUUCUUAUAUUAUUACAGUUUGACAUAAACAGCAUUAUUUUGGGCGCCUCUUCUCUAAGUUUGGUAACAAUUUAUCCAUUAUUUAAACGAUUCACUCAUUGGCCACAACUGGUGUUAGGCAUGACUUUCAAUUGGGGAGCACUUCUAGGCUGGUCUGUGGUCACUAACGGCAUCAUUGAUUGGUCAGCUGUACUGCCAUUAUAUACGGCUGGCAUUUGCUGGACAUUAAUAUAUGACACAAUAUAUGCACAUCAAGACAAAGCCGAUGACCUUAUGGUUGGCAUUAAGUCAACCGCUAUUAAGUUUGGCGACAAUACAAACAAAUGGUUGACCGGAUUUUCCGCACUCAUGUGCUCUAGUCUUGUCAUUACCGGACUAAAUACUGGUCAGUGUUGGCCAUACUAUACGGCAGUUAGUGUUACGGCAAUGAAUUUGUUUCGCCAAAUACUGACACUCAAUAUCAACGAUCGUGAAGAUUGUUGGCAUAAAUUCAAACAAAACACACAAAUCGGUUGGAUUUUGUUUAUUGGUAUUGUUUUCAGUACUUAUCUUAAAAAUAGUGAUACCAGUGAUGAACCAAAUGAUUGUAAUAAUAAUAAUAAUAAGUUAUUGACUGCAAAUCAACAUUUGCUCAGUUUAUAA